GGACCAACAAAGCCUUGAUUGAUAAACAAAGACGCAUGAACGUGGCAAAACGCACGAUAGAUGAUGGCAAAACAGCGCAAAAAACACUGACACAGCGCCAAGCCUUACAUGAGACAGCAACAGUCGAAACCGCAAAGGGCCGAUGGCCUCGGAAGCACAGGAAGAGAGGACACCAAAGAGGGCAGCACCGGAAACUUCUCAGACAAUUGGCUGACCAGUACGAACAACGGUGGGAAAAAACGAGCGAACGAAACGGCAAGUGACAACAAAAGAUGGGUGUUCAGCGGCCACACGGUGUUUUCUGCAGCCAGACAGAGGUUGUAAGCACCACCCACACGUGAAGAGACCCCACCGGAUUGAUUCAUGAACUUGCGCCCAGACAGACAGACAGACAGUCAGACACGAGAUGACACACACACCGGACAAAAAGGUGACACUAUCAUCUGACGCCAUGAGGCACUCCGGAUGGACAUCGACCAAGAGGAAACGAAAGCCAGUGAAUGUGUGAAUGAAAGCGAGGUGUGACCGACCGACCGACCGACAGACAGAAACGAGCAGACAGACAGAGCCAGUCAGACAAACAGAAGAUGAUAACACCACUCGACACACAUGACAUUCAAAUCACAGACACUGCAGAUGCAGUUAAGAAAAGACAGCACAGCACAGUAGUGAAAUGGGCGGGCCAGCAGGCAGAGGCGGUGAGGGGCAACACGAUGAGAUCGUGCUUUGUGUGUGUGUGUGUGUGUGUGCCUCUCCCCUCUGCUCCCGCCCCGCCCGCUCGCUCGCUCGCCCGCCGGUCGGGCCGACUUAGCGGACGCGGAUGUGCACGUUGGUCCAUUGACAGGUGGCGAGGGAAUCGCGGUUGGACACCACGGCAAAUGCCUCGAUGUUGUAGUCCUUGUGAGGGGAGAAGCGCACGCGGCCGGGGCUGGUGAAGCUGAAGUCAAGGUGGGAACGCUGGGUGGAGAGCUUGACGAUGAUGCCCCUGCAACACACACACACACACACACAUCAUACACACACGCGCGCACACGCGCACACAGUGCAAUGCGGACAGGAAGCGUUCACCUCUGCUUACUUGUUGGAUGCGUAGGUGAAGGUGUCCUGAGGCAUCGGCGACGCGUACACGAAGCCAUCGGGGGAAGGGAGGAAGCGCCCACCAGACUGAUCAAAGCACAUACGCACACACGCGCACAGACAGACGCGUACACACAGAGACAACACAGCAGCCAGGCAUCAUUAACCGAUGCCUCCCUCUCUCAUGCCCCGUCCUGGCCGUUGCCCACCCAUUACCUACAUGGAUGGAGGCCCAGUUGGCCGCGCUCGUCUGGUGGUACACUGUGACGAAGUGGCUGUCGUGAUUUGAGCACCUGAGGCGGCCAUCUCGCCUCCGGUUCAUCCCAGCCCCGCACACGAAGCACCGGGGCCGAGGCCUCUCGCAGUCGGGGAAGCCACCACCUCUGUCGGGUCCUCGCAAUCCGCCUCUGCCGCGGCCCAAGUACGCAGAGCCAGAGGCCCGCCAGGCCGUCACGCGCGUGGCGCAGAGGACGGCGAGGAAGAGAGCGACGCACACACUUGACGCCUUCAU